AGAGGAAGGAAGAAUCGCUUUCUGGUGCUACGGCGCAUUCGACGGUGACAACUAAGUCUGUGUUCACGAAAUAUCGACUAACACACGGUACCUGAAUAAGGAGCAGCUUGACAAAUGCGAUCUUCUUGCUUCUUCGUCGCGUCUAUACGUGAAUAGUUGGAGUAAACGUUUUAUCGUGGACGUCGUCAAUCGUGAUGGACGUCCAAAGACAAUGCAAAGUUACCAAUCCAAGCGGAGAUGCCGGCAAAAAUCAAACUCCGCCUACGUUGCUUUCGAGCUUGAGAAGCGUUCUUUUUGUCAUCGGAACAGUCGUUAUCGGAUUUGCUGCCGUUUGCAAUUCUUUGACAUGGCAUUUGCAAAGAUUUUGGGGUGCUUCCGGUGACUUUUGGCAGGCUCAAUGGGACAAGAUUUUAAAUAAGUUAGGAGACGAUCCUGUAACCUUAUGGGUUUAUGGCUCGAUGGGAUUGACGUUCAUAGUUUAUUGGGUUUUCGGCGGCAUUUAUACGAUACUUGACAUUACAAAUCGUCCGGCAGCGUUACGAAGAUACAAAAUCCAGCCAGGCACAAACGAGCCAGUCGACACGAGAGAACUCUGCAAAGUAAUCGCUCAAGUAUUGUUCAAUCAAAUAAUCGUUGGACUGCCUAUAGCAUACUGCAGUUAUCAUUUUAUGGAAUGGCGAGGUUAUCCCUCGGUAAGAGAAUUACCAACUUUUCAUUGGGUUCUCGUUGAGAUCGCCAUUCAUAUAUUGUGUGAGGAAAUCGGAUUUUACUAUUCUCAUAGAUUUCUGCACAGCCGUUACUUAUACAAGUACAUACAUAAGCAGCAUCACGAAUGGACCGCACCAGUAGCGGUAACAGCGUUGUAUUGUCAUCCUUUAGAACACAUCGGCUCCAAUUUGAUUCCACCGUUUCUCGGUGUCUUCAUCGUUGGUUCUCACGUAGCCACUGCAUGGUUGUGGUUCUCUCUUGCGAUUCUUUCAACAUUGAAUGCCCAUUCUGGUUAUCAUUUACCAUUUUUCCCAUCUCCAGAAGCACACGACUUUCAUCACUUAAAAUUUAAUCAGUGCUUCGGAGUAUUAGGCGUUUUAGAUCGUCUUCAUGGAACGGACACUCAAUUCCGUAAUUCGAGAGCUUAUCAACGUCAUGUGAUGAUGCUUAGUUUGGUACCUCCGAGAGAGGCAUUUCCUGAUGAAGCAAAAUAUAAAUCCAAAUAAGAGGAUUAUAUAUUCGAUUAUAUAAAGGUGUUGGGAUUAAUCUUGAGACAAAACUUCCUGGUUCAGAUAAGUAUCGUCGAAUAAAGUAACGACGAUUACUUCGAUUUGCAUUUGACGUGAACAUUUCUUCAAUUAAUCUAAAGAAGUUUCAAAACUCUACGAUGGGUAAGAACCGAUUCGUGAAUUUGUUCAAUCGUGCACAACCUUGGUCAGCGUGAUCAAUGAGGCCUAAUCUCGCUGAACUUAUCUAUAUAAUUCGACGCAUUCACGAAUCAACUAAACAGAAUUUUUAAGACAAUUUUUUUUUUCUACUAUAUGAUAGUUAUAUAGCAUUUAUUUUUAGAGAAAGAGGAGAAAAAGAGAACGAGAACGAGAGAGAUGGAGAGAUUUCUUUCGGCUGUAAUCAUGUGCACAACUUAUACUAUUUUUUUACUUUUUCUUUUUACGAAAAAAUAUAUUUGAAUGAAACGUGUGAUAUAAAUCAUUUUUUCUAAGAUAAGAAAGAAAUUCCUCUUGAACAUAAUUGGACGGAUUUUUAAUUAUUAGUGUAUACAUUUAUUAUGAUGAUAAUGUAAAUUUUUUUUAAAUUAUUAACGCAAAAACGAGUUAACACGAUCAUCGAGAGCAAGAACAACAUUCUCUAAAAUUGUCGGAUCGAUGGAUUUUGAAUUUGUCGUUCCAACUAAGCUGUUAAUAUUAAAUUUGACUUUAUGAACAAUACUAUUUUUAUAUUUUAACGUAGUUUAUAUAAUCAAUGACUUAACGAUUUCAAUGUACUCCACGUUAAGUUUAUAGUAAUUCUUUGUAGCAAUUUAUUUAGAUGGUUAUAGCUUGUGCAUAACUAUUAAAUGCUAUAUUAGCUUUAUACAUCUGAAAUAUACAUUCAAACUGAAAAUAGCUUAUAUAAACGUAUUAGAAAAAAGAAAUCUUUCGUGUACAAAAUGUCAUUUUCAAAACUAUAAAUGUGGAUGAUCGAACUGAACGAUAUCCAUAUUAAACGAAUUGAAGUUUU